GGGGUUUAAUCUUUCAUCAUCAGGAUGGGGCAGACAUAACGUCGAUUUGACAGCUCCUCAGCCAGCUAACCACUCAGCAGAGGGAGAGCUUUCUGCAUAUAGUUUUGUUAUUUGGGUUGUUGGCCUGUUCUUGCUGUUCCGUCGACUUCAAUCCCAUCAUGACAUCCACCAUAGACGAAAGCAAUAAAGAAAAGAUGCGCUCUGUGUCUGUGGAUCUAAACAAUGAUGCCUCUCUUCUCAUUGACAUUCCUGAUGCACUCUGUGAAAGGGACAAAGUCAAGUUUACUGUCCAUACAAAGACCACACUUAGCUCUUUCCAGAAGCCAGACUUCUCUGUACCCAGGCAGCAUGAAGACUUCAACUGGCUACAUGACACUCUGGUUGAGACCGAGGACUAUGCUGGACUAAUAAUUCCUCCAGCGCCCCCAAAGCCUGAUUUUGAGAGCCCAAGAGAGAAGAUGCACAAACUGGGGGAGGGUGAAGCCACUAUGACCAAGGACGAGUACACUAAAAUGAAGCAGGAGCUGGAGGCUGAAUACCUGGCUGUGUUCAAGAAAACUGUCCAAGUGCACGAAGUCUUCCUGCAGAGAUUGUCCUCUCACCCCAUUUUAAGCAAAGACCGAAACUUCCAGAUUUUCUUAGAGUAUGACCAGGAUCUCACUGUGAGAAGAAAGAAUGCCAAGGAAAUGUUUGGAGGAUUCUUUAAAAACAUGGUGAAGUCAGCUGAUGAGGUCCUCAUCUCAGGAAUAAAGGAAGUCGAUGACUUUUUUGAGCAGGAGAAGACGUUCCUGCUCGACUACUACAGCAAAAUAAAAGAUUCCACUGCCAAAGCAGAGAAAAUGACCCGCGCACACAAAAAUAUUGCGGAUGAUUACAUUCACGUCUCUGCCACUUUGAACAGUCUCUCUGCUGAUGAUAGUACAGCAAAUAAGAAGCACCUGGAGAAGUUGUCAGACCUGUUUGAGAAACUCAGAAAAGUGGAGGGAAGAGUAGCAUCUGACCAGGAGCUGAAACUCACAGAGCUGCUAAGAUAUUACAUGAGAGACAUCCAGGCUGCCAAGGACCUUCUGUACAGGCGAGCCCGGGCGUUAGCUGACUAUGAGAACUCUAACAAGGCUUUGGAUAAGGCUCGACUGAAGGGCAAGGACAUUCCCCAGGCAGAGGAGCACCAGCAGCAGUGCUUGCAGAAAUUUGACAAGCUCUCAGAGUCUGGGAAGAAAGAACUCACCAGUUUCAAGGGCAGGCGUGUUGUGGCCUUCAGGAAGAACCUCAUAGAGAUGGCUGAGCUUGAGAUAAAACACGCCAAGAGCAAUGUGACUCUAUUGCAGGGAUGUAUUGACCUGCUCAAGAGCAACUGACAUGUUUUCAAGUAUUCCUGUCAUACCAUCACCAAGUGACCAGUCAUAGCAAAUGGAAACCUGGCGUCCCCAGGGCCUUGCAUGGACAUGAAUCCAAGCCCAUCUCUGCUCCCACCCAUGGGUCUGAUGCCACUUAAAAACCCUGCACGAGACCAAGUGUCUUGUAAGCAGAAUGUCUUCAUGUUUACAGAGUCCCUGUCCUCUGGUCUGUGGUCCAUCCUUUUCCAAUAUUUUAUGGAAGUCUAACUCAGUGUGAAUGCCUCCAGAGAAUGAGUCUGCCAACAUUCAGGUCUUCCAUUCCUUUGCAGCACUAAUAGAGGUGAUUUUUCUUUUCUUUUUUGCUAAUUUCUUGUUUUCUCAUUUUUUACAUUAUCCACAUAGUAGAAAUCCUUGCCUUUUUGAUCAUACUUCUGCCUCCAUCAAUUCUGACUCUAUCCUCUUCUCUCAUAUACACUUUUAAAUACUUUUUUUUUAAGGCUUAGAGAAGGUUUUUCGCAUUGCCAUAACCUAAAUUUUAUGAUUCAUAUGCUUAAUCUAUUGGGGCUUUUUUUGUUUGCUAAUGGAACAAUUUUACAGAAGCAAAACUAGUGCCUGGAAAAACAUCCUCAUGCUCUGCAUUCCCGGGCUCUGAGAUUAGAGUACAACCAAACCAACCCUCUAGUAAGGAAACUCAUGCCAAACUUAGAAAUCAAGACAGAAUAUCUUCAAGUGUUCUAAAAUAGCUGCACUUCACCUCAGGAUUGGACACUUGGAUUGGUCCCCACAUUCUUGUUUGUAAGAAGUGGCCUCAGAUCCUACAGUUAUCAAAGAUGUACAUUAGUUUUGCAAAUAUGGAUACAAUUUCAGCAACAGAAAUAAGGUGAGGAGAAUAAGUCAAUCAGUAGGUUAUUUGAGCAUUUAUCAAAGCAAAAUCAACAUUUGCAUUGCAUUUUGGUUUUAUUUGCACAAGGCACUCAUAAUACCUCUGCACUACAUGUAUUUGGUCAUCAGCAGCUUCUUCACCCAACCAACUCUACCAAUUCACUCUUUGCUUUUCAGUGUGUAAUUAUUGUUGUUUUUCUUUAUUUUGCCCUAAAUUCCCCUUUUGUUAUUGAUGGGGUCUCAUGUAUCAGACCUGAUAUAUUUACCAGAUCUUCUAAACAGUUAAAAACGUGCACUAAGAAGAUGGAAAAUACUUCACAAUCAUGACCAGGCUCAGUGGAGUGUUAAAAUGCAUUAUAGUUUUUUAAGAAAUUGAAUGUAUUUCUAAUGGAUUCCAACUGUGUGAAUUCCUUUACAUUAUGCUUUUCUUACAGAACAUUAGCAUUUUAUAAAUUUGUAAUAAUGGCAUUGAAUAAAUCCUACUUUCCCAAGUUU